AAUCUAGAACUGAUAAAAAUUCAGAUCUAAUGUUCACUUAAAUAAUAAUAUUUAAGGAUUUUUUUAAUUUAAGUUAUUUUAAAGGAGGGAAAAUAAAAAUAAACUAUGUAAAAAUAAUUUCCAUCUUCAUUAAUAUUGGAUUUACUCAUUAACAAAAUUAUGUAUAAUGUUUUAUGGAUCGAUGACUACUGAGAUAAAUAUGAACAAACAUAAUAAUAAUACUUUCUAAAUAGAAGUCUCAAUAAAAAUACUUCGCUUAAAAAUAUUUAAGAAAAAAAGGUACAUCUGCAUCUAAUAUAUGGUUGUACAAUUAAAAUGUAUAGAUAUGGAAACAGAACGCAUUUGGCUUGUACUAAUAAUAAACGUGGUUUUAUUUUGGCAUCGUGCCGAAUUUCAAAUGAUGGAUAAUGACCAGAUGAAGUUUGAAAAAUCCUUGCCGUUACUAUAUGACUUGAAAGUUCUAGAAUCAGUUCUUAAAAGUUUACCUGAUAUGACAAAACAGAUUGAAGAUGCACUUCCAGUAUUGACACUUCAAAAUAGAAUGACACCAAUGUCGUGGUAUCCAAAUCAACUAAAGUUAAAAAAUACUACUAGAAUGGAGUCUAGAUUCAAUGAGAAUUGGAAUCAAAAUGUGGACGCUAGCGACUAUACCUCAGACUAAAAAAUUCCAGGUCUACACGAAAAUCAUUAUUUUAUAUAUAGUGUCAAUUUUUCUUUUUAGACAAAUUCAAUUCGAUAUGUCAUUUAUUUAUACUUAUCCACAUUAAUUAGCUAUAAAUUAUAAAUAAUUUGAACAAAUUAGAACACCUAAAUUUACAAACAACAGAAAAUAGAGAUAUAUGAAUUAAUAGGGUUUUAAUAAAAAUAUCAUUUUUUUUCAACAAUAAAGUU